AAAAAAAAAAAAAAAAGAAAUUCUGAACUUUCACUCCCACUCUCAAAAUAAUCCAAAAUCCAGCCUUUGUUGAUGGACCAUUGUCUCGCCCUCUCAUCCCUCAAGCUCCGCGUAACCCCGGCCUUCGCUCCUUCCCGCACCGCCGUCCAAUCGCGGACCACCAAUCGGUUCUUCAGGCCGUUGACCGUCGUCGCCGGAGCCGGGGCUAGCCACUGCGAGUUCAGCAGCCUCAACUCGCCGCUCGACCCGCGGACCAGACCCGGAAAGGACCUCUGCACCGUAUUGCAGAAUCAUCCGCAGCUGUUCCAUCUUGCGGUCGCUCAGGAGUUGAAGAAGUUGGCCGAUGAUCGGGAACUCGCUCUCUCGCGUGCGUCUCUCAGCGCCGCCUCUCAUGAGGCCUGCCUUCAUAGGAGGAUUGCACAACUGAAGGAGCAGGAGUGUGAGACUGUUGUCGAAGAUGUCAUGUACCUGUUAGUCUUUUACAAGUUUUCUGAGAUCAAAGUUCAUUUGGUUCCUAAGCUUUCUAGAUGCAUCUACAAUGGGAGAAUGGAGAUAUGGCCUUCAAAGGAUUGGGAGCUAGAGUCCCUUUACAGCAUGGACGUUUUGGAGAUGAUAAGGGAACAUGUAAGCACAGUCAUUGGCUUGAAGGCAAAUUCUAGCGUCACAGACAAUUGGGCAGUGACAACGAUCACACGUCAAACACUUGGUCAAGCAUAUGUGGCUUCCAUCUUAUACGGUUACUUUCUGAAAUCUGCCUCAUUGAGACACAGCCUGGACCACAUUCUAACUUUGGAAAGCCAAGACCUUCAUAUGAGUCACAGAACCUCCCUUCAGUUUCAGGAAAUGUGUCCUAAUGGAAACAAAAAUCUUCUCUUUGGCCGCAUUGGCAGCAUUCAAACGAAGUUUCAAGGGCCAAGUAGGCAGGAGAAGACAGAUGGAAAGUUGAGAUGUUAUGUGAUGGGGUUUGGUCCUGAUACAAUUCAGAGAUGCGCAAAACUGAGAUCCAAGGUGGCUGUGAAUUUAAUUAAGAAUCACUGUUGUGCACUCUUCGGCGAUGAUGGGAGCAUGGGUUUGCCUGAGACCGAUGAAGUUAUCUCAACUUCAUAUUCAAGUCUGAAGAGGCUAGUUUUGGAGGCUGUCGCCUUUGGUUCAUUCCUCUGGGACACUGAAGAAUGCAUUGAGACAAUAUAUGAGCUUAAGUCGAACUAAUUAGUAGAUAUGGUAGUUCUUUUUUCCCCCGAAUAUGGUUUGGGUUAAUUAUCUUUGUAAAUAGCAAGGAUUUCGUACUCUGCAUUUUGGCUCUGCCAUGGAGGCGCUGGGUGGUUUUCCAUUGUAUAGUGUACAUGAUGACUAUAAAUAAAGUAUAGUUUUUAUCCUUUGCCAAUA